AUGUACGAAGGGAUUGACAACCUGAAAUCCCUUUACGACCGUGCCGGGAAGACUUUCUCCGGCGGUCCUGCUGCGGCACAGGAUGUGCCGCGUCGUACUGCUCGACCAGACCCAGUACGUCAACCAUCAAUUGGGAGCGGGGCUCCCAAGAAUCCCAGGACGGGGGAUAGCCGCGCCACCGGACGAGGUAACUCGUCCGACGUCCGUUCACGUCGCGGUGGUUCAACAGCUGCUCAACUAGAUAGCGCUGGCCACCGCGAGAGUCCUCUAAUGGAGGUGGAGGAGGAGGAAAGACGCUCUCCACACGAUCAUGUGGAUCGGUGUGUUCCCGAGAGCUUCUUUGAUCGCGUAACGCAAGGGUUACGCGACGAUCUCGAGCAUGAGCGGAAUAGGCGUCUCCAGAUGGUGGACACUGCCUCGAAGCAUCGAGCUGAGUUUGCCUUUGCUCAGCUUGAGAACGAGAGAUCUCUGACAUCUCUUCGUGACGAGCUAAGGGUAGCUCGUGGGAUUGUUGAUCGGUCUCGGGACCAGAUAGCUGCUCUUCAGACCCUUGUUGAUGCCCACCAUCGGGAGCACAAGGCUCUCUGCGAGAUGCUUGAGCGCAAGGGCGUUCUUCAUCGGAAGAAGCAGCGUACUGAUGGUACGGCUUAA